AUGCAGCUCAUCCCUCCCGCAAGAGCCGAGCCUGUUGCCAUGCAAUGGCAACAACGAGGAGCUGUUUCGUGGUACGAGUGUGUGGUAGCUGAGCAGGGCGGGUCGUUGGGAAGGCCACCUCGAAGCGACCUCGGGAGCAGGAGCAGUAAGGAACUCCGCAACGGGACCGACCGACCGCAUCUUCACAGGGCGCGACAGGCCCAUGGCACCCGCGGGUCGCCAGCGUCGCCAGCGUCGCCAGCGGUAGUGCACGUCUCGCUACCCCAACUUGUGCCGACAUGUUGCAUUGGCUACACCCAACCGCGAAAAUUGGAGACGUGUUAG